CGGCGGAGCGCCAGCAGGCUCGGGGUGUAGAGCGGGGCCACGCGCCCCCGGCCGGGCCCUCAGAUCCCCGGGAAAGGCCGACGCGCGGCCUCCGCUCCUCCCCGGGGCGCCGCACAGGGAUGGCGGCGGCCGGGCUCCGCCAGCAGGUGGCCCGGGGUCCCGGCGGCGCCGCCCCCUCCGCGGCGCCCCUCCUCCCGCGGGGGCGGUCAGCGCCCCGACCCGGCUCGCACCCCACCGCUGCCGCCGCCCUCGGCCCACCCGCCCGCCGCGUCCCCGGGGCCGCGCUCGCCGCCACCACCACCGCCACCGCCACCGCGUCCAGAGCUGCGCCCAGGCCGUCUGCCGCGCCCCGACUCCCCUCCCCCCCCCGAAAGUUGGGGCUCGGGCGGAGAGCCGGCGGCGCGGCUCGGGGCCCCGGGGCGCGCGGGGCGGCCCGGGGGGCGGGACGCGGGGGCCAACUUGUCCCGGGCCAGCACCUCCCGCCGCGCCCCACCAGCCGCAGCCCCGAGCGAGCGCGCGCGACGCUGCGCCCCGAGCCGCCGUCUCCCCCGCGGCGCCCGGCGGCCCGCGCUCCCCGCACCCCCGGCGCGCCCCUCCCGCGGAGCCGCUGACCGAGCCGGCGCCCGGGGCAGCCCCCGCCUGCCGGCCCCGCGCCGGCCCCGCCGCGCCGCGCCAUGGAGUUCUCGGAGAGGAAACGCAGCCGGAAAUCCCAGAGCUUCAAACUGAUUAUCACCAUAAGGUAUAUAAGAUCUCAGAAUUCAGCACCGAUGUUAAUGGGGAAGCCAAAGAGACACAUCCCAUUUUUUUAGGAGAUGAAGGCAUGGAAAUUAAAAAACAAAUUACAGGAAUGAGGAGGUUACUGAACGACAGCACGGGGAGGAUAUACCAGCGUGUUGGCAAGGAAGGAGAAAAACUCAAAGAAGAACCCCAGGAUAUGGAGUCCCUUUGGCCUCAGCGUUUGAACUCUCCUGUGGAGGCCCCACACAAUCUGCACCCUCCUUCACGUGGUUCAUGGACUGAACUACCACCCCAGAGUGGGCAGUUCUCAGGGCAAUAUGGUGCCACCCGCUCUAGAACCUUCCAGACUCAGCCCCACCCCACUGCUGCCACCAACGGAGAACUUCCAGUGGUGAAUUCAUCAGUGGGAUCAAACUGCUGUACUUGUAACUGCCAGUCAACCUUGCAGGCCAUUCUCCAAGAACUCAAGACCAUGCGGAAAUUAAUGCAAAUGCAAGCAGUUGGAACCCAAAACCGACAACAACCCCCAAUUUCCCUUAUAUGCUCUCAGCGUACUGCUGUCUCACGCAAGAGAAAUAAAAAGAAAAAAGUGCCCCAAAAGACCGUUGAGCCACUCACUGUGAAACAGAAGCCCAGUACAUUAGAAACAGACAAGAAGACAUCAGUGGCCUCUGAGCAGUCUGGUCUCCAGGCCGCCGAGCACACCUCCUCGGAGGAGAACCGUCUCUUAGGAUUUGGCAUUGUCCUGGAAUCACCUGCCACAGAUCCAGAAGUGCAACUUGCUGAAGGCUUUGAUGUGUUUAUGCCUAAGUCCCAGCUGGAUUCUAUAUUGUCAAACUACACUCGCUCAGGAAGCCUUCUGUUCCGAAAACUGGUGUGUGCAUUUUUUGAUGACAAGACUUUGGCUAACUCCUUACCCAAUGGGAAGAGGAAAAGAGGACUCAAUGACAACCGGAAAGGCCUAGACCAGAAUAUUGUGGGCGCCAUAAAAGUCUUCACAGAAAAAUACUGUACAGCAAAUAAUGUGGAUAAACUUCCUGGCCCAAGAGACUGGGUGCAGAUUCUACAGGAUCAAAUUAAACUGGCCAGAAGAAGGUUAAAACGAGGCUCAGAGGUAGCUGACGGCGAUGAAAGAUUGGACGGCAUUUCUCUACCACCAACAGGACAACUCACAUUACCCUCGUUUUCAUCACCCGUGGACUUUUCCCAGCUGAUGUAUGAAAUCCUGCUUUUAAUCAUAAAUUUUCAGGAGGCCCCUUGGAGGGAUACCCUGCUGUUCUAGUUGUGCUUCUCAGGGCUCCAGAGCCUCCCAGGAAUUGGCACUGACAUCCUGGCCAUGCAGUAGACUUGUCUUAAUUUUUGAAAAUCAUUCCCCUUGAAAUAAUAUCUUUGUGUUUCCCUACUUGAAUAUGGAGACUGAAAGAUUUCUGAUAUGAGAAAAAUGGAACAAGGGGAGUGAUAGAACAACCUCAUGAAACUGAAAAGAAUUUCAAGGAAUCUGAGAAAGAAGGAACCUUAGAGAUCAUCUGGUCCCAGCUCUUCUUUUAUUCAGUCCUUUUAUUUUACAGGUAAAAAAGCCUGAGGCCCAGAAACAUUAAAUGACUUUCUCAAGGUCUCACAGCUGGUUGGCUCGUCUCUCAGCCUGUACACCUCCUGGCUUUCUCUCCCUAAGCCAAAGCCAGCUCUUCUCUGCAUGUUUCUUAAAGCUCCUGAGAGAUGGUGGAUGUGCUAAUCCCUUUAAGGUUCUACUUCAAUGUCUUGCAGUCUUCACUUAGAAUGUCCAUUGCGGUUUGAACUCAAAGAGUUCUCUCUCUGCCCCUGCCUCAGACUGCAAGGUCAUAAUGAAGAUAGCAGAACAUGCCUGCAGGUCCUCCCCUAGAUUCUUGAUAAAUAAUCAAUGCAAAUGACUAAGCAGCAUGAUAAAUAAUACCGUUAUCAUUUAGGAAAGGGAGAGAGAAGUUGCAGAUCAGUUCCCAAAUGUCAUAGUGAGAAAAUUAAAUAACCUUGAUAGGUUCUCAUGUCCACAAAAGUAUAACCAUCACUCUGGGAGGCUUUUUUGCUUUGUUUGUAGUUUUGUUUUUUACCUGAGCACUGCUCACUUCUGGCUUAAGAUGGUGCCAGAUAUUGGACCUGAGACCUCAGAGCCUCAGGCAUGAGAGGUGUGUGUGUGUGUGUGUGUGUGUGUGUGUGUGUGUGUUGUUAUUUUUGUUUGUUUGUUUGUUUUGCAUAAACCAUUAGGCUGUCUGCCUGUCCUUGGGAAGUCUUUUAUGAGUUACAACACAAGUGAUAAUUCCAUUCUCUCUUGGGGGGAGACUAUAUGUGCACAGAACCCCACCUUUUUGCAUUUGUUGCUUCAUCCUUAGGUUAGAGAUUCACUAGUCAGACCUUUUUUAUAUUUGAGCUGACAACUGUUGAUCCUUUUUAAAGACCUUGAUUACUUUUGUAAGGCCUUUUUUCUCCUUCUACAUCUGUGUGAGUUGUGAAAUUCAGAAUUCUGUGAACCACAAUCACCCAGGUCACAGGCACAGUCAGGCUGCCAAUGACAUCUAUUUCAACUCAUCACAUUUAAGCAACCACCUACUCAUCUAACUUUAACAACAACAAAAAAAAAAAAAUGGGAAGAGCUACUAUAGUAGGAAAAUGUGUUUUCUUCAUUUCUUUUCCCUCCUUUAAGUAUGUCUUUGGGGUCAGUUGCUAGGAAGCAACACUGAGAACUAUGUUAGGUUCUAGUCAGCAAAGGCCUACCCCAGGAGAGCCCUCCGAGCAGAGAGAGAGAGAGAGAGUGUGUGUGUGUGUGUGUGUGUGUGUGUGUGUGUGUAUGUACACAUGCUGGGGGAGGGUGACACGGGGACUGUGACAGCAGGCUAGAAAACCACCAGCAUUGGGAGAACAUUCAUGUUAGAAAAAAACAGAGAACAUGGAAAGUAGACUUGAAACAGGGUAGUGUCAUUUGCAAAUAGCUCCCUUUGCAUAAAUUGACAGAUUUAAUGCAAUUUAAUUACAGUGUAAGGAAGAAAAUAUUAAUUAAUUUUGUCACCCAGAGGUGCUCAUUAUUGUAUGUUUUCUUCCCAGAAUUUAUACAUUUUAUUUAUUUACACAAUGGAAAUCAACUACAUAAAAUUUUGUUUCCUGUGUUUUAUGUAACCUAACACACAUGUUCCAUUUUAUUACAAAUAUUCAUAUACAUUAUUUUCAAAGCUACACAGUAUUGUUGUACCUGUAAAUAAUUCUAUUUUAAUCAUUUUCUCUUACUGCACAGUAGACGAACAUGCUCUAAUGGGAAUACACAUUUGUGGACUCUCCUACAAAUGUCUUAAUAGCCAAAAUUGUUCCUUUAGCAGAACUAGAACCUUGGCUAAAAGGAAGUGAUUUAGAUAAGAAGCACAGAAAGCCCUCCAGUGACACCACCUACAAGCCAUGUUCUAGAAAAGUGUGCCACUUCCUUUAGAGAAGUGUCCCCCUUCACUUGCUUGUCCCUGUUGUAGGUAAUAUAUUUGACAGCAGGAGAGAAAUCACAGAAGACAAAGCCAGAUUUCAUAGCCUAGAUUUUCAUUCAGUGAUACUGCUCAUUAGCAUAUGUAACAUUCCCAUUUGAUUUUGCUCAAUGAUCCACUUAGCAUUUCAAGUUACUAUGGAUGUUUUAUGAAGUUUACUGGUCACAUCCAAGUAGUAUUCGUAAACUUUCUUUGUAAUGUGUAGUCAUCAAACCUCCAACAUGGUAGACAAGUUUUUGAAAAUUGCUUUAGAAGUCCAAAGUAGAAUUCAUGUCACUCAUUGUCCAGUGAAAAGGAAGUAGUUCUCUUGGGCAGGGGUAGAUAGCAUAAUGGUUAUGCAAAGAGACUCUCAUGCCUGAGGCUCCAACGUCCCAGGUUCAAUUCCCCUGCAUCACCAUAAGCCAGAGCUGAUCAGUGCUCUUGUAAAAAAGAAAAGAAAAACAAAAAGUAGUUCUCACUUCCCUGUUUUUCUUCUUCCUCCUAACCUCUGUAAAUGAAUGGAGUUUUGAAGCAUUUUAUUUUAAUGUAAAUUGCUUAGAUGCAGUCUAGAGGAAAACAUCUCCAAUAGAGUAGUUGGAAAGGCCAAAAUCAAUUAGACUUUCAUCAAAUUAGAAGAUGACAAGGCUGUUUGGAUUGAUAGGAUAGCUCUAACUUAUUGGAUAAAAGCACUUGUGAUACUAGCUUCCUCCCAAAGAACCACCUGUAACUGAAUAAAUGCAGGUGAUACAUGAAUUCUUAGGGAAAAACUGCACGUAGACUGUGUCAAUACAGUGGCAAAAAAAUAACUAAUUAAGAGAUAAGAAACUCAAAGUAAUCAGUUAACAAUAUGAGCCCUAACAACUAUUUCAACAUAAUGGCUCUGUGAGUGGUCUAGUGUUUUGAUACUGUAUAGCAACUGGCUACAAACAUCCUUAAUUAAUAUUACAUAUUUGAUUUGGCCCCCAGUACAUUUGCCCAUCACUUUAGUAAAACAGACAUGAAAAUCUGGAUACAUUUUUAAGAACUAUCUUACUGUGUGGGUAUUUGUUUUACAAAAACAAUACCGCAGAUCCCUUAUUCUGGUGGUGGAUUUAAAAACCAUUUUAUGUAUAGACAUUGCAUUUAGGCUUUAUUGGUUAUAGAAAACAAAUCCCCCUGAAUCUUUGACACUUAACUCAAAAGCCAAAAAUUGGUUCAAAAGAAACUUACAGUGUAAAAACACUAAACCCCAUGGGGAAAUUUGCUGUGCUGUUUCACACCUUUCCCCAGCACUUAUUUUAUCAAGUCAUAAAGUGUUAAGAGUCCAAAGUCAUUGUAGAGUUAUUGGCAGAGUUAUUGGUGAGCUUCAAGGCCACCCAGAGCAGACUAGCUCAUCAGCCACUCUUAGAACCUAAAUUCCUUACUGCCCUGUCCAAGGUACUGAACAGCUAAACCAGGAGCAAGGAGGGAAGCCGUGGGAUGAACCAUUACUUCACUGAAGACCAGCUAAUAUAGCGAAGAUGAAAUGAGACAAUAAAGUGUCCCUGUAAUGUGACAAAGCUGGUUUCAGGUGUGGCUUGUGGAAUAUUAUGACCAGACAGCUACAUAUCGUAUAUGUGUGUCUUUAAGACAUUUUUUGAAGUUUCAAGGAAGGGUCAAAGAAGUUGCUUCCAAUAUACACACUUAGCCUUGUGCUUUUCAGGUCGGAUAGUAACCCCUUCUUUGAGACAAGUCCCUUUGUCCAUCCAGGCAUCUAAUAAGGUACAGUAAAACAAGGCAUUUGUUUUUCUGCAACAUGUUUUAAAAAUGUGUCUUCUGCCUUUCAGAAGGAGAUGUUUCUCAAGGGAACUGAAAAGAUUCAUUAGUGACCAUUUGGCUCUGUUACAAUGAGGUGGAUAUGUUGCUAAUACAGAUAGGAACAUCUGCCUUAACAUCUACCUUAUAGCUGUGAGAUAUGUUCAGAAUGCGCCAUGAACCUGUAAAAGCACUUCCUUCCAAGACUGAGAAACAGCUUGGAUUUUUCAAUACUUGAGGACAGUGGGGCUUACUCAACUCACAGAUAUGUGCAAUGGAUCCACAAAUGGGAAAAACAUAUCAUAAAACUGCAACAGUCAAAUCAUACUUUGUAAAUUAAAACUGUAUUUGUGUUUACUUACUGUGACUACUGUGCAGACUUUAUUCAGAAAUCCUUUUAUAGGUUUUCAUAGAAAAAUUAUUCCAUAUGUAUGGAUAAUGUCUCAAUCUUCUGUAUAUAUGUUUUAUUAAUAUGUAAAUAUUUAGAUUUUUUAAAAUUACUAUGUUCUUUAAAAAAAAACUCAAUGCAAGGCUAGUUGUGAACAUGGUGUAUAACAUUGUACUGUGAGAUCAGUUCCCCAGAUGCUCUUUAUGUCCAUUCUGGAAGAACACAAUAAAUUACUUUAAUUGAAUGUGA